GGAACUAUUAAUAAAAACUACAUAAAAUACUGCAACUAUUAUAGUUAAUUAUGCAACUAUUUUCUUCUAUAAUAUAAAAAUAAAUCGCGAUUUCCUUCUUGAUGCUAUAACUCCAGAACGCACGAACUGAAUUCCACGGUUUUACAUUAGUUGGAAAGGUCUCGGGCUCCGUGAGGUUUAUAGCAAAGAAAAUUUUGGAAAUAAUCAAGAGAAAAGCAGGAAAACAGGGAGAAUUAUUGGUGGCGAAGUGGCCGGGUUUGCUAGUUAUUAAUAUUUUUUAAUAGUUUUUUUUUACGCAAGUCUUCUGUAUUGUAAGGAAACAGCGUCUACACAACCAAUCAAAUAUUUUUCUAGAAAUGUUGUACACAGUUUAAUGGAACUGAAGUUUAAUUUUGUGAAAUCGAGUCUUGGAAACUAUUUUGUAUAAUUUUGGAGGCCGCCAUUUUAGUAACCGUCGUAAUGUUUAUAACUGUAGUAUUUGUUACAUUAUUCACAAAAACAAUCCUUGGGGAUGGCAGUUAUCAUUCAUGUGUACCAAACACACAGUUCUUAAUGAAUGGCCGACUAUGUUACUGCAACAGUAUGGGCCGUUGGAGUGACGGCACAUGUCAGACGAUAGGACGACGACAAACCUGCCAACCAGGCCAGAUCAUUUGGGAGGAAUGUAGCCAGUGCAUCUGUCAGGAUAAUGGAAAGCUCCUCUGCACAGACACAGAAUGCUCUGAAGAUGUAACGAAGAAGAAUACGACUAAUUUAGAGAUGGGGUCCGAAUUGUGGUGCACUCCGUUCAGGUCUUACUACAUCAAUUGCAGUCUCUGCGUGUGCCCUGCGUCUGGGAAGAUGUCAGAAGCCCGCUGCGCCACUGACUCCUCAUGCUCCCUAAAAGGCCCCAAUGUCUCCCUCGACAUGCUCACACAGAACGUUUGUAUACCAAAGGUCAUGUACUUGUUCAGCUGCCUACACUGCUUAUGUUCUGAUGAAGGUUCCUUUAUUCAGAAUAAAUGCGUAGAAACAUGUCAUAAGCUCCCUAAAUCAGCAAGGAGAUGUAUACCCAGAACCUUCUACCGAGUCGAUUGUAAUGUUUACCGAUGUCCAGAAACAGGUGUACCCGAUGAAACUAUGAGAUCUAAAACGAAUUGCAAUAAGAAACUUAAUCCACUCACUUCUUUAGUUAAUCUGAGAAAUAUCACAAUGCCGUGUACAGCCAAUAAAUAUACGAAACCAAAAUGCAUUUAUUGCGAAUGUAACUCACAGGGCGUUGUGAACGAAAGCAGUUGCUUAGAACAAGAAUGUUUGAAAAUUGAAGACUUCAAGUAUGACUCUGUUAAGAGCACGUGUAGUCCUGGAGAGCUGGUGCCUACUUGCAUGGAAUGUUUUUGUCCCCGAAGCGGUUUCACCACAGAAAAGUAUUGCACGAGAGUCUGCUCGUUCCAGAAUAAGUUGAUCAUGCUAGAACGAGUGUUGAAGGACACAAACACUUCCAUAGACCGAAAUACUGUAAAGGAAGUUAAUGGUGGUGAUACUUGCGAGCCUAAUUCUCUUAUAGUCGACCAGGGCAGGCAUUGUUUAUGUCCAGAAAACGGUAAUGCUAAUCUCAAGCUCUGCACUUCAGUCACUGAUGUUAUUACUGGUCCUAAGAAAACUCAAAGAGUAUUAAUAGAUAAUAAUUCCAUCAUUGAUUACAAUGUAACUUGUGAACCAAAUACAUUCAUUGAAUUCGGAUGUAACACUUGUUAUUGCACAAAAGAUGGAAAAAUCAACGCGAAAUGGUGUACUUUUGAUGACUGUCAAUCUAAGAAUACAAUACAAGAGUCGCACAGGAGUCGCAUUGAGUCCAUGAAAACACAAACGAUGCCUACAUGUGUUGCAGGAUCGAUCACAAAAGUAGAUUGUAAUUUUUGUAUUUGCAGUCCAUCUGGGUUAGUGAAGGAUAGAUCGUGCACCAACAACACUUGUAGCGGUAAAUACAAGCCGGUCUUCAAUGAAUUUUCAUGCGAACCGUCAUCCUAUUACACGGUCGAUUGCAACAUUUGCUUCUGUGGGACAGAUGGUAUCAAAAACGUGCACAAGUGCACUAAAAAUCAAUGCGAGUCUAAUUUCCUGAGGUCUGAUUCCUGCUCUCCGGGUGAGCUGUUUAGUGACGACUGCAACAUCUGCGUCUGUCCACCAAAUGGAGAUAAGAAGGACAAAGCUUGCACAAAUAGAACAUGCUCCGAAUCAGAUACACCUUGGAAAAAGAUAUUUAAGCUGUCACAGAAUCUAUCAGGCAACCAGGUGGUAGAAGACUCGACAAAGAAUUUGGACCUCUGCUUUCCCGGUGAGGAGUUUCAACAAGAUUGUAAAAUCUGUAUCUGUCCAGACGUUGGGUUAAGAGAGUAUGCGUCGUGUACACCCGCGUCGUGUGACAAAUCGAAAAUUAUUAGUACAUCAAAACCACUGAGUAUUUUAAGAGGAGAUUACAGUGAAGAUAGAUUCGGCUAUGAUUUUGUUGGUGGUGACACUGAAGGAGUUGAGGAGGAAAUGAGGGAUGCUGAUGAUGGAGUAGCCAGUCUGUUGAGGGGAACUGAUAGGGAAGGAGAGGAAGAGGAACCAUUCAUCAAUACUCGAAGGGAAUCGAACUGUAUCACUUACAAUGUCACCGACAGUUCUGAGAGACAAAUUUGUACACCAGGAUCCCAGUAUAUUAUAAGGUGUCGGAUAUGCAUCUGUCCUUACAUGGGCAACAUCAACCAUUUCUGUCGCCCGCUGCCCCCGCAUCAGUACUGUGAACAGGCGUUCCCAAACUUCAACUAUGUUCCUAUGGGCAGGAGAGUUGGAAGCGGUAAUACUAAUACAACAGUGAAUGGAACCCUGAAAUACCCGAUCCAGGUGACGAUUCCUCACAACCACACGAUGCACAGGUGCGAGAAACCAGGCAAACUGACGGACGAUUGCUUUAUCUGUGAAUGUGAAUCGGACAGAAUCCUUGUCGAAGAACAUUGUUACAAGAGUGAAGACAAGGCUUGCGUUAAUGCUACUCCAUCUUUCAUGAAAUUUGGAGAACACCCUAUUUAUGUUAAACACUACAAUAAGGAUGAAAAAGUAGUGUAAUGAUUUGUUCGUUUAAAUAAAUGUUGUAUUAUUUA